UUUAUUCCACCGUUGGCCCUCUAUUCUAUUCUAUUCUAUUCUAUUCUACUGCGUUGUGUACUUCUCUCUGUCCGUGUUUGCUCUACCAUGGCUCCUCUUUUGCUCUUCUCUUUCAUGCUUUCCGUCUUUUCAAUCUCUGUUUUUACCCAAUCUCUGAAUAAUGAAGAAUUGCUCUUGCAAUUCAAAGCAGCCAUUACUAAUAAUAACAACACUUUGCUGCCCAAUUGGACUCCCCAUCACCCCCUCUGCAAUUGGACCGGCCUUACUUGCCACCCCUCUUCCCACUCUCUGCUCGCACUCAACUUGUCCCAAAUGAAUUUGCACGGCACCAUCUCUCCUGUCCUAGGAAAUCUUUCAUCUCUUCGAUCCAUCGAUCUCUCGUCCAAUGCCCUCACUGCUACCAUUCCUCCUCAAUUGAGUCAGCUACCCCGUCUGCAAAUACUCAUGCUGUACGACAACCAAUUACAAGGAACCAUUCCGCCCUCUCUGUCCGCUUGCCGCAGUUUGUAUGACCUGAGACUCUCCUAUAACCAGUUACAUGGUAGCAUUCCGCCCGAAAUCAGUCACCUGGCAAGUUUGAAGAUCCUUUAUUUGGGAGUAAACAAUCUCAACGGUACCAUUCCUAUCUCUUUAGGAAAUCUGUCUGCCUUACUUCAAUUGGCGUUGGAAGAAAAUGAUCUCACAGGUACCAUUCCCUCUGAAUUGGGCAUGCUCACUCAACUCCAAGUUCUCUACCUUUAUACAAAUAAUUUAGAGGGAACCAUUCCCAGGUCUUUGGGAAAUAUUUCUGCCUUGACUGAUUUAGAAUUGUCAACAAACAGUCUUCAGGGCCCCAUUCCCUCUGAAUUGGGCAUGCUCACUCACCUUCAAGUUCUCCGCCUUAAUACAAAUAAAUUAUCAGGCACCAUUCCCAGGUCUUUAGGAAAUCUUUCUGCCUCGACUGAUUUAGAAUUGUCAGCAAACAGUCUUCAGGGCCCCAUUCCCUCUGAAUUGGGCAUGCUCACUCACCUUCAAGUUCUCUACCUUCAUAGAAAUAAAUUAUCAGGCACCAUUCCCAGGUCUUUAGGAAAUCUUUCUGCCUCGACUGAUUUAGGAUUGUCAACAAACAGUCUUCAGGGCCCCAUUCCCCUUGAAUUGGGCAUGUUUACUCACCUUCAAGGUCUCUACCUUGAUACAAAUAAUUUAGAGGGAACCAUUCCCAGGUCUUUGGGAAAUCUUUCUGCCUUGACUGAUUUAUAUUUGUCAACAAACAGCCUUCAAGGCCCCAUUCCCCUUGACUUGGGCAUGCUCACUCACCUCCAGUUUCUUUACCUUAAUACAAAUAAAUUAUCAGGCACCAUUCCUAGCUCUUUAGGAAAUCUCUCAAAAUUGAAUGAAUUAGUUUUAUAUCAAAACCAGCUUAGUGGACAUAUUCCAUGGGAAAUUGGUACGAAGCUCUCAAAUUUGCAAAUUCUCAGUUUAUGGGGAAAUCAGCUUAGUGGAAACAUACCAAACUCCCUGGGAAAUUGUUCCCGUCUCGAAUUACUUUUUUUACAUAAAAACCAACUGGGUGGAACUGUUCCAAUGGAGAUGGGUAAGUUGAACUUUCUUACCAAGCUUUUACUAUACACAAAUAAACUUGUUAGUGACAGCAGUAACACAUUGGGCUUUCUCACUGCUCUCACAAACUGCUCCUACUUGCAACAAUUAAAAGUGCAAUCUAACCAUCUAACUGGUGCUUUGCCCCCAUCCAUAGGCCAACUAUCUUCCAAUUUAUUUUACUUGGAUUUAUCAGACAACAUGAUAAGAGGGAGCAUACCACAACAGAUUGCCAAUCUCACAAACUUAACCUACUUAAGUUUAGGCAGUAAUCUUUUCAGCGGAAAUAUUCCUUUUGUGAUUAAACGAUUUCAUAACUUGGAAAGAUUGCAUUUGGAUGGGAACAAAUUAGAAGGAAGCAUUCCAAGUGAGAUAGGUCAAAUGGAAAAUCUCGGGCUCUUAACUCUUAGUCGGAACCAGUUAUCUGGAAAAAUUCCGGAUUCUCUUGGUAGCCUUCAGCAGCUAAGAUAUCUCUAUCUUGAUCACAACAAAUUAUCAGAAGAGAUCCCUGUUAGUUUAGAGGGAUGUCAGAAGUUGGAGCUCCUUGACUUGUCUUACAACAAACUAGGGGGAAGGAUACCUGGCGAAGUCAUUGCCAGCCUUAAAAAUCUGCAAUUCUACCUCAAUCUUUCAUGGAAUUCUCUAGAAGGGUCCUUGCCACACGAGAUAAGUAAAAUUGUAAUGGGUCAAGCCAUAGACAUCUCUGUAAAUCGACUUACUGGGGUAAUUCCAAAUUCUCUAGGAGACUGCACAGCAUUAGAGCAUCUAAAUUUGUCCCACAAUAGCUUUGAAGGUCCAAUACCAGAUUCACUCUCCAAAUUGCAAAAUCUCCUCGAAAUGGAUCUUUCUGCCAACUUUCUAUCAGGUUCAAUACCAAUGUCUAUUGAAAGACUAAAAGUACUUUGCUACAUGAAUGUUUCUUUCAAUAAUCUGUCUGGUCAAAUUCCAGAUGGAGGGUUGUUCCCAAAUAGAACUGUUAUAACAUUGUUUGAGGGAAACCUUGGCCUCUGUGGCCCAAGAAAUUAUUCACUGCCUCCAUGCCCAAAUCAAACCCCUAAAAAACACUCACCGCUCAAAAAAAUAGUUUUAUCGGUUGGUGGAACUAUUGCAUUUGUUGUAUGCUCCAUCAUUAUAGGAAUGCUAUGCAGGCAAAAACUUUCAAGACAACCCUUCCGUCCUUCGAACAUUAUUUUUCAAAGGCUCGGCUAUCCAAAAUUUUCUUAUCAGGAUCUUGUCAUUGCAACAGCCGGAUUUGAUGAGUCAAACUUGCUUGGAGUGGGUAACUUUGGAUCAGUCUACAGAGGCAUUUUGAGGAAUGGUAAGAUGGUUGCCAUCAAGACUCUUAAUUUGCAGAAUGAAGAAGCUGAUAAGAGCUUUAAGACAGAAUGCAAAGUGUUAGGGGGGACUCGGCACCGUAACCUCAUCAAAAUCAUAAGUGCAUUUUCCUUCCCUGGCUUGAAAGGUUUGGUUCUUCAAUUUGGAUCUAAUGGGAGCUUGGAAAAGCAUUUGUUUCCUGACAGAGAUGAUCAAGACAUUUGUCAAUUGGGAUUGGGAUUAGGUGAGUGUUUGAGCAUUGCUAUAGAUGUAGCCCAUGGCAUGGAAUAUUUGCAUCAUGAUUGUCCUAUGCAGCUUGUUCACUGUGAUUUAAAACCUAGCAAUGUUCUUUUAGAUGCCAACAUGACAGCCCUUGUGACUGAUUUUGGUAUCUCCCGCUUAAUUACAACAAACUCCACGGAUUCACUGAGUACAACAACAUUUGCACUCAAAGGAUCUAUUGGCUAUAUUGCUCCAGAGUAUGGACUGGGCGGGAAUGUUUCUACAAAGGGAGAUGUUUAUAGUUAUGGAAUUCUGAUAUUAGAGAUGGUUACAAGGAAGAGGCCAAGUGAUGACAUGUUUGUGGGAGAUAUGAACUUGCAAAGGUGGGUGAGGUCAGCUUUUCCGGACAGAUUGGUAGAUAUUGUUGAUGGUGGGCUAUUCAGAGAUGUGAAUGAAAAGAUGGAAGACAAUAGAUGUCUGCUUUCUCUCAUUAAUGUUGGUUUGCUUUGUAGCAGUGAAUCACCAAGAGAACGACCUUCCAUGAGAGAUGUAGCUAAGGUCUUGGAGAACCUCAAGACAUCUUUAAUGGGAGAUGCAGCUGCUUCCAAUUUAACAUAUACAAUAUCAGACCUCCUAGACAAUACCAAUACCUUAGAAACAUUGGCGUCUGACAGUCAAAGUUCUACAUUUUAAUGUUUAUAAGUUCCAGCAAGAAGUUUUUGUCUUUUAGGUUUGCUAGUCUCAAGCUUUUCGUCCAUCACAGGUUAGUCUUCUUUCAUGUGAAAUUCUGUAAGGCUAAAUUAUAGCUGUUUGAGCUUGUAAGCUGAUCAAAGCCAUGUGUAUGCAUUAUGCUAGUUUGAGAAAGUAUAUUGUUGUGUAUAUAUACUGAAUGAAAUGAUGCAAAAUGUGUAACGUAUUUACAUAUUUGUAGCAAUCCCUCUCAUACUAUGUGGCAGCUAAAGAAUCUUUUUUCCUUGGCUGCCUUGAUAUUCAUUGUUUUAUGAGCUCAUAAACAUGAGAGGGAAUGCAAAGCAUGAAUAAGAGUUCAAAGGUCAUCGAUUUUUGAA